UGCCGGCCGGCAGCUGCUCAGCGAUUGGCCCAUUUCCACGCCGUGGUGUGACGUGCUGUCCCGGACCUGUGUACCCACGUGUGGCGCGAACGGGAGACACCGGUGAGCUGCCGAUCGGCUUCCGCGGUUCCGGAGAGCGAGUGCCUGCUCCGUCAUGCCUCACAGAAAGAAAAAGCCCUUUAUAGAGAAGAAGAAAGCUGUCUCUUUCCACUUGGUCCACCGGAGCCAGCGCGAUCCUUUAGCAGCAGAUGAAACUGCCCCCCAGAGGGUACUGUUGCCCACCCAGAAGGUCAAUGAUGAAGAAAGACGAGCAGAACAGAGGAAGUAUGGGGUGUUCUUCGACGAUGACUAUGACUACCUGCAGCACCUGAAGGAGCCAUCUGGGCCCGCAGAGCUCAUUCCCAGUACCGCCUUCAGCACAAACAGCAAUGAUGAGAAAGAAGAAACCUUAGUAUGUUCAAGCACUGGAAUUAAGUUGCCUUCAUCGGUGUUUGCGUCAGAGUUUGAGGAGGAUGUUGGAUUGUUAAACAAAGCAGCUCCAGUUUCAGGACCGCGACUGGAUUUGGAUCCUGACAUUAUUGCUGCUCUCGAUGAUGAUUUUGACUUUGACGACCCAGAUAACCUCCUUGAAGAUGACUUCAUUCUCCGGGCAAAUAAGCCGACAGGAGAAGAGGCAAUGGGUUUGCCGGAAUCUGAGAGUGAAGAUGACAAUGAGUGGGAAGACAUGGACAUUGAGGAAGGGAGCAGUGAUGGCUGUAGCUCUGCAGGCCCACUGUCAGAUGGAGGUGACAGAUCUGCCCCUGAGUCACCUCAAGACGACAUCAAAAGACACCUGUUUUGGGAAGAGGAAACCAAAAGCCGUUUCACAGAGUAUUCCAUGACCUCCUCAAUCAUGAGGAGAAAUGAACAGCUGACUCUACAUGAUGAGCGGUUUGAGAAGUUUUAUGAACAAUAUGAUGAUGAUGAAAUUGGAGCUCUGGAUAAUGCAGAACUGGAAGGUUCCAUUCAAGUAGACAGCAAUCGGUUGCAGGAAGUUUUGAAUGACUACUAUAAGGAGAAAGCAGAGAAUUGUGUCAAAUUGAAUACUCUUGAGCCUUUUGAGGAUCCAGAUCUGCCAACAAAUGAGCUUGAUGAGUCUGAGAAGGAAGACAUGGUCACCAUGGUCCUUCAGGAAGCCAAAGAGAAGUGGGAUUGCGAGUCCAUCUGCAGUACAUACUCCAAUUUGUACAACCACCCACAGCUCAUCAGAUGUGAACCAAAGCCCAAACAGAUCCACCUGUCUUCUAAAACGGGAAUACCUCUCAAUGUCUUACCUAAAAAAGGACUCACCGCAAAGCAGGUCGAACGGAUGCAGAUGAUCAAUAGCAGUGAUCUACCCAAGGUGUCAACCCAGCCACGGCCCAAAAGUGAGAGCAAAGAGGAUAAAAGAGCCAGAAAGCAAGCCAUAAAAGAGGAGCGGAAGGAACGAAGAGUUGAAAAGAAAGCUAACAAGCUAGCAUUUAAACUGGAGAAAAGACGGCAAGAAAAGGAGCUGCUGAACUUGAAGAACAUUGAGGGUCUAAAGCUGUAGGUGUGGAGCAUUCAGUAUAAGUUGUGUUUCUCUUUUAGUAAUCUUCAUUGUGCUCCAUAAUUUACCAAGAUCUUAAGAGAGGUGAACUUGUCCCUGUCAUUUUUAUAUGGGAAUAGCUGAGAUAAGUAAAGUAUUUGUAGUUUUAUACAAGUAAGGUUCUCUUGUCAGCUACCUUGUAAAUAUUACAAUGUUUUGACUUUAAUAUUAUAAGCUUAUAUUCCCUCUGAAAUAAAUGACUUCAUGAAAGUAAAAUGUUUGGAUAAAUUAAAGGAAAAUAUCUUUAUAACGUGCA